GUGUAUCUUGUGGUGUCAUUUUCAUCCUUAUCUGUGGAUAUUAGCUUGUGUGUACAGUUGUUUGAGUUUUUCUUGUUUUCAUGUACAACACUGGUCAAUACCUGUUGACGGCCAUUAGCAUGGACAGGUGUGUUUCUGUCAUUUUCCCCCUUUGGCAUAGAUGCCACCGACCACCACACUUUUCCACCUUUGUGUGUGCCACAAUAUGGAUCAUUUCUUUCCUGUUCUCUGUAAUCAACUUGAUUCUUUUUAUUUUUAAUAUUUUUCUGGACCUCCUUUUCUACCAGCUUCUGUUAAAUGCUGUUCUUUUCCUCCCACUUAUGACUGUCUCCUCUCUGAUCCUGUUUAUAAAAGUUUGGUUUCAAUCACAACAGAGGAAGAAGGGAAAAGCUUUAACAGCCAUCCUACUUGCCCUCAUAAUCUUCCUCUUCUUAGCUUUCCCAUUUACUUGCAUUUCAUUAAUCUAUUUUUUCAAUCCACCUUUGGACUAUAAUGUUUCAUCUUUUAAAGUAUCUGUUGUGUUAUUAUGCAGCUGCCUGAAUUGCAGUAUUAACCCACUGAUUUAUUUCCUGAUUGGGAGAAACAAGAGGGCUAGAUCCAGGGAGAGCAUGAAGGUUGUACUCCAGACACUUUUCAAAGAGGAGGAAAACUGCAGAGAGGAACAAGAAGUUCCAGUUCAAAGCCGGAUGUGAAGACUUCAAACUAGCUAGGAAAGCUUCAUUUUCUAUCUCUUGGUGUAUUUCUUGGUACUUGUUUUCCUCUGUACUCACUAUUUUUUAAUUAUUUUGGAUUCAUUUACUCUUAAUUUUUUCCUCAUUUCAGUAGUAUCGUUACAAGCCCCUUGGAUUCCCUAAUUUGCAGGAUAAGUGUUUUACAUGUUUGAGAAAAUGAAAUAAAAAGAAAUGCCACUUCAACAGACUUUGACAAGAGGGAUGACUUGCUAAAUGGUAUAGAAAAGAGAUUCAUUGCCAAAGUGAAUGAAGUAAAGAAAUCUUCACACGUAGGGCCCAAAUGUUUGAAGAAAACAGAAGAAAAUGUUUUCCCCAGAUUUUU